UGCAUUGCACUUCUGAGCAGCCAGUUAGUAAUAUACGGUGGAGAGAUCCUCUUUUUCAAAUCCCAAGGCUCCAGGCCAUGCAAUGCUAGUAUUGCAUUUUCAAUUAGCUUCUGAGUGAAUGCUUGGCAUAUGUAGAAGUGAGCUGGUACACAAUUAGCUUAUUGUUCCUUUCAGCUUUCUGCUGAGAGGAUCUGAAGGGCUCCUGAAGAGAGGGGAGAGGGGAGGAAAAAAAGGGAAAUAGCCAAGCCAGUGGCAUCUCUGUGGAUGUGGCAUAAGGGAGUUGCUCGGCUCCCGCAGAUUCCCGUGCUAAGUCGGGAGUUACAGCUGUUACUGCGGAGCUCAGCCUGGCUGUGGGGACGGCGCCGGGGCAGAGGCACAGACCCAGUCUCCAGCUCCAGCCUCGCCUCUCGUCUGUCUCACCUCAGCACCACGAUGGAGCCCAACAGCCCCAAAAAAAUCCAGUUUGCUGUGCCCCUGUUUCAGAGCCAGAUAGAUCCCGAGGCAGCUGAACAGAUCAGGAAAAGAAGGCCUACACCAGCAUCACUCGUCAUCAUGAAUGAACACAUGCCCCCAGAAAAAGAUGAGAAGAGAACAAACAUCUCACAGGCAGAGUCGCAGAGCGCCUCUCCCAAGCAGAGGAAGCAGAGUGUCUUCACCCCUCCUGCGCUCAAAGGGAUUAAGCAUCUGAAGAGUCAGAGUGACUCAGUGUUUCCAGAAGAAGAGGAGGGAGUUGGCGAGAGGGAAGAGGAGUGGGGCCAUUAACCAGCACAGGGCGGCAGAGCCCAGUCCCGGAGAGUGACGGAGCUGCCCCUUGGCCCCACCAUGCCCUGCCCGCUCCUGUGUCCAGGGGGCUCUGCAGGCACUGCACACGUGUCUGGUGACCCUUCUUCCUGGAGACAAAACAGUUAUUUUAAAGUCAUUUUUUUCCUUUUCUUUUCUAUGACUUAGAAAUGUUAUUCGCAAAUGUGUUAGCUCCCUGACGUCAGUACUGCCAGAGCUUAACUACUGCGUGUGAGCUGUAUCUAAGGCUUCUUGUAAAUAAAGGUGAUUUAAAAGGUACAAAAUAAAUAAUACAUUAAUUUAGACAAGAUUGUCUAUUGUACAGAGGGUUUGUCUUGCUACAGAGAAAUGUUCAUAUAAAAUGAUCCUUUCGGUUAAGGGCAGUUUUUACCAUUGUUGGAAAAGUUACUUGCAGUGAUGUGGACAGAAGAAAGGUGGCGAAGUAAGCAGAGGUGACUGUCUAGAGAAUGAUGCAAAGACACCCUUCCCUGUGUUCCCUGGGUAUGUGACACUUAAAUACUUGUCUUGAUUUUGGUCAGACGCUGCCUUGUCACAGCAGCCAAAAGGACUUCUCUCUACACAAGACCUCUGUUAUGUGGAGGCAUUCAGUGUGGGAGUGAGGAGCACGGGCAUGUGCAAGGCCUGGGAGCGAGGUCCCAGCCCCAGCUGAGCCAUGGCAAGUGCCACAUCCCCCCUUGUCACCUGCAGCAAGGACAGGUCACAGCCCUCCUGCCCUGCACCCGGCUCAGCCUGAGCCAGUGACUGACAGCACAGCAAGCUGCACAAAUUCAUUUGUGUCUGAGUCCCAGGGUUUUGGCUGAAGUCAGCAUGGUUCAUUUUCAUUUUUUAGACCAUGUAAACCUUAUGGCAUGAAAUGGAAUAAGGUAGAGAAGGAAAACAAUGUUUCUUCAGAGUGACACUUAACAGAUUAUUUCAAUUUUUCAAUCAAUGGUAGAUUUUUAAAUGAAUUCACUGUCAUUUUGUAUUAACUGUUUGCCUUUGAUAUUUUAUCCUCAGUUUAACUUUCCACUGCUGCAAGGCUCUUUUAAAGGGUUGUGCUAAAAAAAAAUAAAUAAAAAUAAAAAGAAAGAAGGGAUGAAAUAUAGGAAAAUACAGAGCCUUUUGUCUAUACCUUGCAUGGUGAUUUCAGUCUCAAUCUGAGGUCUUCCACGAAGACCUGCUAAGAACAGGAUCUGUCAACUAGUGUUUAUAUUUGAGAGCCAUUUUUUUCCCUCCAUCUGUAUCUCUGUAUCUGUCCUCUUUGGUUCCAGUUUCUGUAGAAACACUGCACACAGGAUCCAUGACUCCAGCUCAGCAAGGGUGUGCAAGAAGGACUAAAGAAGGACUCUGCAAUUAUACAGGAGCCACUAUAGGACCUACAGGACUGAGAGCUUUUUAUGCCCCAAACAAGAAAAAGAAGGAAAUGACCCUUCAAAAACCAUUUGAAUGGCCCCAAGUCAGGACUGGAAUGGCAGCAAGAAGAGCUGGGCUCAGGUCCCAGCUUUGCCAUGGCUUUGCUUUCACACAGCACCAGGCUCUUCACAAAAUUGCUUGUUGCCACAGUACUCCUAAGGUGUGAAUCAGACGUUGGUGUUUAACCUCACACCAUCUCUCUGUGUUGCUAGCUAAUAAAGCACUUUGGAUAUUAA